CCAUUUUCAUUCGACAAGAUCCAGACGUUACCCACUUUGACCAGCCUGCCUGUGUCCCCACCCGCGCCAUCGGCCACCGUGCGCGGCUGCGACAUACUAGUCCGUGGUGCGCGCAUCUUGGGACCUCGCGCGGCGUCGGACCUCGAGCCUUGACCGCUUGCUACCCCAGGAGCGUGCCCAGGGACAUCGAAAGGGUGGCGCCGACUACUUUGAGUGUGCUGCUGUGCCUGCAGUGGGACGUCGCAGCAUCUGAGUUUUGCCCCAAAUAGUUGGCGGUCGGAUGGCGCGAGGGAUCGCGCCUUCAUUCCUUACACCAGCAAGCCCCUUCCGUCGUGCUCUUGCGUGGGCUACAAGAGAGACGGUUGCGGGCAGGCGCGGUAGUGAGCCCGUGCUGGCGACGUGUACGGAGGAAAGGAAUUGGACGAAAUAUGUUAUUAUGAUCGUAGUCGCCACCGACUGUUUUGACAAUCUGCAUCUGGCUCUUGGACAGACCCACAAGCGACCCCUCCGCGCGCCUCGCUCAACUCAACACUCCGUCCGAGCCAGCAGGCGCCUCCUGGGUGCGCAGCACAAUGCAUGGCUGUACCUCUCGUGUCUGUCUUCGGGGACUCGCUACAAUAGGCGCUGACUUGUCAGUGCCCGGCAAGCGUCGUGCACUUCGUUGGCGCGUUGGUUCGAACGUGGUGGUGUCGUCGCCAGAAGUAGAAUAUCGUUGUAGGAUUCACGUUACGAAGUUGUCUUUCGAUCGACGCAGAGACACCGAGCGAGCUCGUCGGCCACAUGCACGGCCAGUGGGCGCUUCAACACGUCGCGCUGCAAACACGCAGAUAUCAACGCUUGAUACGAAACGGGGACGUCGGGUCGCAUCGC